AUGCCGGCGCCCGCGCCCGUAUCAAGAUGCGCCCUGCGCGGCACCCGGGCGAUGUCCAGAUGUCGGCCAGCAAGGUUCCUCGGCGCCGUGGCAGCCACGCGGAGAGCUCCGCUGAUGGUCCGGCCGGCGAUGGGCUCGUCAAUUGCUGCCGUCAGGCCCUUCAGCACGUCUAUGCGGCUGCGCAUGGCCGCCGAGGAGGACUCGCUCGACCCCUUGAGCAUUGAGCGUGAGUCAGACGAGGUCGACGUCUGCAUCAUCGGCGCCGGCCCCGCGGGGCUCAGCGCGGCCAUCCGCCUGAAGCAGCUGGCCAACGAGGCGGGCAACGAGGACUUCCGCGUGCUGGUGCUGGAAAAGGCCGGCGAGGUGGGCGCGCACAUCCUGUCUGGCGCCGUCAUCCAGCCCUCUGCCAUCAACGAGCUCAUCCCCGACUGGCUCGACGAAUCGAACCCCAACCGCUUUGAACAUGCGACGCCCGCCGGCAAGGACAAGAUGCGCUUCCUGACCAAGACGGCCGCGAUCCCGAUUCCCAUGCCGCCUCAGAUGAACAACCACGGAAACUACAUUGUCAGCUUGAACCAGUUUGUCAAGUGGCUCGGCGAGCGGGCGGAGGAGGUUGGCGUUGAGCUGUACCCUGGCUUUGCCGCCUCCGAGGUUCUCUACAAUGCCGACGGGUCGGUCAAGGGCGUUGCUACAAACGACUUGGGAAUUGGGCGAGAUGGAAAGCCAAAGGAUUCCUUUGAGCGCGGCAUGGAAUUCCAUGCGAGAGUCACAAUGUUUGGCGAAGGUUGCCACGGCAGCUUGAGCAAGAAGGUCAUCAACAAGUUUGACCUACGACGAGACAGCCAGCACCAGACAUACGGCCUGGGUGUCAAGGAGGUGUGGGAGAUUGACCCUGCAAAGUUUGAAAAGGGCUUGAUUGUGCACAGCAUGGGCUAUCCCCUGCCGAAGGAUGUAUACGGCGGUUCUUUCAUGUAUCACUUUGGCGAGAACCUGGUCAGCUUGGGCUUGGUUGUGUCGCUGGACUACGAAAACCCUUGGCUCUCGCCAUACCAGGAGUUCCAGAAGAUGAAGCAGCACCCUCUCUUCAAGAACGUCCUCGAGGGCGGCAAAUGCAUUUCAUACGGUGCUCGAGCUCUCGUCGAAGGUGGAUUCCAGAGUAUACCCAAAGUUGCCUUCCCCGGCGGUGCCCUCAUCGGAGACACGGCCGGCUUCGUCAACGUGCCCAAGGUCAAGGGCACGCACAACGCCAUGAAGUCGGGCAUGCUGGCCGCAGAGGCUGCCUGGAACGCCCUCAAGGAGCCCAGCGAGGGCACCGUCUUCCUGUACGACUACGAGGACUCACUGCGCAAGUCGGCCAUCUGGAAGGAGCUCAAGGAGGUGCGCAACAUGCGGCCGUCGUGGCACAACCCGCUCGGCGUCUACGGCGGCGUGGUCUACUCGGGCCUCGAGGCGUACGUCUUCAAGGGCCACGUUCCCUGGACGCUCAAGCACGGCAAGCCGGACUAUGCGUCGACCAAGCCCGCCGACCAAUUCCCCAAGAUUGAGUACGAAAAGCCCGACGGCAAGAUCAGCUUUGACAUCCUGACGAGCGUUUCGCGGACCGGCACCAACCACGAGGAGGACCAGCCUGUGCACUUACAGGUCCAGGACUGGGAUGCCCAUACGGACAAGGCUUACCCGCCGUUCAAGGGCGUGGAGAACCGUUUCUGCCCGGCCGGCGUGUACGAGUAUGUCGAGGACGAGUCAAAACCCCACGGCGUGCGGUUCCAGAUCAAUGCACAAAACUGCAUUCACUGCAAGACAUGUGAUAUCAAAGCUCCCCAGCAGGACAUCAACUGGCAGGUACCACAGGGAGGCGAAGGCCCCAAGUACUACAUGACAUAA